AUGCAGAGAUUUCCCAUCCCGCCGCCCACUUGGGCUGCAUACAGACAGCAUCAAGAAUACUAUGAUCUUUUAUACCAAGGACUCAAUGGUUCCUGGUAUAACCACAACACUGUUGUCCCCGGCUUCGUUGAGUUGCCAGCAGAUUGUGUGCCCCGACCCCCGGCUGUCAACCAAGCAUCGUCCUCUCGGGCGGGCCCGGAUCCUAUUAACCCUACUAUGCACUGCGACAAGCAGCUCGGCAAACACUGCGACAAGGCCUGUUGUAAGCUCAAGCCCAAGGCUCGAGGUCGCCGUGUAACAAUUGCCACUGCCAGUGAUGAAGAGAAUGGCGUUGUCACAGAUACUGAAGGCAACAUCACGGACAGCUCCAACCCUGUCGUCAAGAGCAAGAUGACUACCAAGGCAAAGGGAAAGGAUAAGGCGGUCCAGACUGAUGAUGAUGCCUCGGCUGACGACGAGGAGUCUGAUGAUGAGGACGACGACUCUGAUGAUGAGGACGACGACUCUGAUGAUGAGGACGACGACUCUGAUGAUGAGGACGACGACUCUGGUGAUGAGGACGACGACUCUGAUGAUGAGGACGACUCUGAUGAUGAUGAAGAGUCCGACGAAGACUCUGAUGAUGACAACAACAAGAUUGCGAAGUCCAAUCACGUCUACGGGGCCAUGUACCCUACGCAUCACCACCCACAGCCUGAUGCCCCUUGGGUCAAAGGAGACUGCGCCCUCCUUGCUACCAUCGACAGCAAGUAUAAGCGAUCUCGCUGGCUCGAAAUGCAGGCCAACUUCUACAAUGUCACAGGACAAAUGGUCCCUCUUGUAUGCUUCAAGGCCAGAUGCGAGCGCGUUGAGGCCGAGAAGGCGGAGCGUUCCAAGACCCGCGAACUCGAGAAACGCAUGAACAAGGUCGAGGACUGGAUUGCGAAACAGGAACGUGAGAAGUCGGCCGAGUCUGAGGACUCUGAGGACUCCGACAACUCGGAUGAGUGA